AUGAGGAACAAUUACCGCAAUAUGUUUUCCACGGGCUACGGAUGUUCCAAUCAGCAACAGAACAGUCCUCCAUCGCCGACCAGGACUGGCGUAUGGGGUAGCGUUUACAGCCCGUUUCGAAACACUAACAUGUCAUUACAAGAUAUCACAAUGAAUUCUACCCUACAUAUAAAUACUGGUACAAAUGCAAGAUCACCUGGUAAAACCUCCCCGGCGGGGGUUAACGAGUCCAGGGAUAGAGGGGGUAGAACAAUGAAAGACUACGAGGACCAACUGGAAAGACUCAAGAAGGAGAAUUUCAAUCUAAAAUUACGGAUAUAUUUUCUUGAGGAACGAAUGGGCAUUACAGCCGUUGAUGAAAAUAAGAUAAAGAAGAAUAUCGAAUUGAAGGUCGAAAUCGAAUCACUAAGGCAAGAAUUGAUUGAGAAGCAGGGACUCCUUAGUCAAGCAGCCAAAGCGAUUCAGUUAAUUGAAGAGCAGAAAGAAGUAUGCUCGCGGAAUGAGGCUCAAUACCAACAAACUCUCGAGGCAGAACGGGAGAAGAUCCGGAAAUUAGAGAAAGAAAUAACGGAAUACCAGAAAAAGGCAGAUGCGUCCAUAUAUUACAAGCAGGCGUUCGGGAUUACGUCGGAAAAGGCAGUGGAUAACGAAGAAAAAUUACGACAAAUGGAAGAAGUUGUCGCGUCCCUGGAGGCCGAGGUGGAACAGGUGACGAGUAGCUUGAACGAGGAACGUAGCUGGACACAAGAGCUUGAGACCGAGAGGGACGAACUGAGAAAACGUUUGGAAGCUGAGACACGUUUGAGAGAAAAUUUGGCUGCGGAGAGGGUGCAAGAGGCGGAGGGUCUACGGGAGAAAGUCAAAGAACUGGAAGAAGAACUGCUAAAAAAGGACAUUGAUGUGCAGCAGUGUAGAAACGACUUGACCGAGACGAAACGAGUGAACAAGGAGCUUAGCGUGCAGCUGGAGAACAAAUGUCAGGCGUUCGACGAACUGAAUACCGUUGUAGAGAAACGAAAGAAGCAAGUCGAUCAGCUAAGGGCGUCUGUGAAGACCAGGGACGAUGCCCUAACGGACCUUAACAAUAAACAUCGCACGUUGCUAUCUCAGUUCGAGAACGGUUAUGCCAAACGAUCAGUACCCUGCAGUUCGUCGGGAAUGAAAUCAAUUGAAGACCCGUUACAGUCGCGGCUGGGACAGAAAAUAACCAACGCUGAUGGUACGAUGAAGAGAGAAAACACUUGUCUCGAUUGGGAACCGAACAGGGAAAGGUCAUCGCGAGCAAAGUCGCCGACAGAUAUUCUCUGUGAAGAGACAAAAGCCCUAAAAGACCUAAUGAAGGAAUUAGAAGAAAAGGACAACGAAGUAAAACGUCGUCAAGAAAAGAAUAAACAGCUUGUGCUGAAACUUUGCAAUAUGCAGAAGCAUGCAGAGACCGUAGAUUAUAAGCUAAAGAAAUUAGAAAGUGAUCACGAAAAGGCGAUAAAGACCAUCCAAGGCUUCAUGGAGAGGCAACAGCAAUUAGAAAACAGCAAAGUGAUAAAGGAACAAAAGAUCAUAGAAUUAGAAAUGGAACUGAAUCGGCUAAGGGAAGGCGAAAACUCGAAGAUAGGAAGGGACAGAAGGGACGAGCGUAAUCCCAGCAAUCAGCAACGAUUCGAUGAAAUGGAAGCGAAAAUAAACGACCUACGAGACCAAAUAGAGACCAUCAAGGCUGAGAAGAGUCGUUUGGAGACCCAGAUACAAGUUGAAUCGCAGGAACUAUUAGGCCAAGUACAAGACAGGGAACAGAAGAUAGAGACUUUAGAAAUCGAGAAGCAAGCGAUAAAAGAGCAGCUGGAAGUCAAGGUUAACGAAUUUCUGAAACUACAGGAAGCUACGAAAAACGAAUUCGAGAGCCUACACGAAAAAGAGGGCCUUUUACGCAAGUUACAACUUCGAGACAGUGAAAUCGAGGAAAAGAACCGAAAGAUCGAGCAACUGACGAAAGAGUUGCAGGUGAAGACGCAAAACCUGCAGCAGCUGGUGAACACAGAAUUGUGGAGCAAGAACAAGGAAAUCGCGAAGCUCCACAACCACAUGACUGCGAACAGCAGCCACGAGAGAAGCCGAAAUAAAUCGGACAUCGUGACAGAAAGCGCUAGUACACAGCUGUCUACGCUUAUCAAAGAGUUAAACGACAUUGGUAUUAAGGUGACGUUUACCAAUGAAGUGAUCCAACUGAAUUACGUCGACGGGAAUGAACCCAUAGACGUAAAGACUAUGACGGACUAUGUACAGAAGCUGUUGAUCCAGAAAAACGAGCUGGAAAAGGAAGUCGAUUACUUGAAAUGGCUGAAGCUGGUCUCUAGACCGGACAUUGCUUCCGAAAUCGAUGGAUAUGGAGAUAAUCAGACGGAGAGAGACAGAAAAUACUGCGAAUUAUUGCGUACACACUUAAAAGACCUGGUGAAGUUUAUGAAGGAAAUGCUGAAGAACGUCGAUUACGCUGAUACUAUCAGGAACGAACAGAAGAAGAUCGUUCUUGAUGUCCUCGCCAAUUCGAAGAUAUUGUCUGAUGAUUUCUUGAAUGCUCUAGAAGGAAUUUCGAUGAACGAGAUUCCGUACAGUAUUGAAACAGCGAAUGUAAGAUCGAUUGAUGGCUCGGUAAAGAAAAGUCGAUCCGAAAAUCUAUUGAGUGCUACGAAAAAUCAAACGUCCACGCAGUCAGACUCCGAGGCGUUCUCCGAACCUGAUAGAACGGUGUCUAUGGCCAGGAUUGGGCUGCAGGAACCGCAACAAAAAUCGCUGGUUCGAUCCAGGUUCUCCAAAUAUACGAAAACGUUCAGUGAUUCUGAAGAUUCUCUCGAAUACGUGCCUUAUCAUAAGACUUACCAAAAUGAUUUGAACGAUACCGAGGCUAGCCAUCAGAUACAAGAACUGAAGGAGACCAAUGCUUUCCUGUAUUCGGAGCUUAGCGCUCUUAGGAGUGAAUUGAGCACUAAGAUUUCCUUCGAUUGCGCAUUUGAUGAAAAAAUAACGCCGUUGAUUAUCAAAUUGGAAAAAUCGCAGAAAUUCUGCGAAAAGUUACAGACAUCUUUGGACAGAAGAAUACACGAAGUUCAUGUGUUAAAGAAGGAAAGCAAGCAGAACAACUUGCGCAGAACACAACUAGAAAAGAAGUUAGCCGAUUUAGAGACUAUGGCUACAGAAAUGAACAAGCAAAAAACAGAAUUAUUGCAUUAUAAAGAAAAUGCGGAAAGAAAAGCCGCCGAGAUGCUCAUUACGCUUAACAGAGAAAACGAUACGUUGAGAACACGAAUUAAGAAACUAGAAGAUGAAAAUGAAGCUGCCAAAGCAAACAUAACAACUUUAACGAAAGAACUGGACCAUUUAACUCUUUCACACAGUCAAAUUUUAGUUGAAAACACCAAAUUGACCAAUGAUAAAUUACGCUUGGAGCAGGAAGUUAGAAAAACGGAAAGCAGGUGUGACUUGACUGUUCGUAAUAUUCAUGACAAAUUUAACAAGGAGAUCUCGGAUCUAAAUCAAAUCAAUGAGUCGCACAGGGCGCGGUUACAGGAAUUGGAAGUAACUAAUAAAGAAUUGCGAAGGCACGUUGCAGUUUGCGACGCAAGUGAUUCAGCGCCAAGUUCGAGCGGCGUAUCCUCAAUACCUACGGAUGGUAUACUUAAGCAAGCUUGUGAGGAUAUCAUGCAAGAAUAUCAAUCAUAUAACAAUUCGCAGUACUGGUUUUCCGUAAAUUAUCCGACAAUUGGUGGACGUAGUAAAUCGAGUUGUUCACCAGAUUUAGGGAUUGAGAGUGAUGCGGCUAUGAGUACAAUGAGGCCGUUGAAAGACACUUUAAAGAUUACGGAAUCAAUGACCAAUCUACUGAGCGAUGAAGAUAGCAGCAAUGGUAACAGGUCCGUUCGAAAAGCAGGUAGCGAGAGUCCAUUGCCGAUAGAAGGUUUAGACGAAGUAGACGCCUUGAAGCAAGAAAAUGAAACGCUCAAGAGAAGGUUAAUGAAAACGAGAAGAGCAUUGGAGGACACUUUCCAACAUUUGUCUGCAUCAAAUAAGAAUAAGAAAAAUGUUGAAAAGGCGAUAACGAAGCAAUUGCAAAUUACCAAAAGUAUUCUGAAGAAGACGAGAACAUUCGAGGAAUCGUUAGAUAAUUAACAGAGAUAGGCAAAAUAAGACGAGCACGAGAAGAAUCAUCGAAAAGUCAAACGUAGAGUUGCUCGUUAAACCUUGUGGAAACAACACCAGUGUUUAUUUUUUUAUAAUCAUGCCUUUAUUGAAUCUCUGCCAUUCACGCGUCGUUCAAGUUUUUAAUAUUUUGAACAGUUCUUGUUAAACGAAAGAGACGCGUUUGAUAUCCUGUUAAAAUUUACGAAGAAAGUAUUUUCUUACAUUCGCGAGAUAUUGAAGCUAAAAACGAUGAUACAAAAUGAUCACUUCGUCAAAUGAGAACAGAACUGUACAUUUGCGAAUUUUGUAUAUAAUCAUGUAAACGUACUCGAACCCUUUGUAGAUUGUUUCUCCCCUUCUGAAAUUUGACGCGACCUUGUGGUCGAAACGAAAUCAGUCCGUUUGUCGUGUUUCGUUUUCUCGACGUCAGAAAUUCGCCCGCGUGUACAUAUAAACAUAGAUGUAUCAUUACACAGCAUCUGUACAUAGUCUUCACCAAUAAAGUGCCAUUAACAUUUGA